AUGGGCACGGGCCACGAUCGGCGGGAACCCGAGGAACGCAAAGACGUAAACAAACAGCCGCUUCUCCGCCUGCGAUACAUCACCAUCUUCCUCGAGUUUAGAUCUCCCCACCUUUUUGGGAUCUCACUACGCCGGCUUCGCCAUCCUCUACUUACUUCAGCGCGUACUGAGGCCCUUUAUAUCUCCUAUUUCCUGCAUUGGUUAUGGAACUCAAGUGUUUUGAAUAAUGACCCACUGAACAUCACUCCGCAAUGCUCCCCCUCUCAACUCAAAAGCUCGCCCCAGCGAGCGAACCCAUUUGGGCGGUCUUCACCCUCUCCAGCACCGCAGUCACAGGCGCGGCCAAGGUCCGCUGUUCUCACACCAACAAGUGGGUUCGACUCACCUAAAGGGCACCUGCGUAAUGCAUCGGUGUCGCAGGUACCGACCAACCUCUCCCCAGUGACAGCAACUCGUGAACGAUCAAACUCGGCUCGAAACAACGCGGCAUCAGGCACUUUUGCUCCAAGCUUUAUCAAGUCGGAGGAACUUAGGCGAGGCGCAGAUCAGAUCAGAGGAUUGGAGGGAGACAAUGAUUUCUCCGGCAAUAAAUAUGUGUGGUUAAGAGACCCCGAAAAGGCCUUCGUCCGGGGUCUAGUACUGGAAGAACUGGAAGGGAACAGGCUUCUUGUGCAAGGUGAUGAUGGCGACCAGCGAGAAGUGGAUGCCGAACAAGUCGACAAAGUCAAUCCUGCCAAAUUCGAUAAGGCAGAUGAUAUGGCUGAGCUCACUCACCUCAAUGAAGCCUCCGUGGUCCAUAAUCUCCACACAAGAUACCAGUCGGACUUGAUCUACACAUACUCUGGCCUGUUCCUGGUGACAAUAAAUCCUUAUUGCCCCUUGCCGAUCUACACAAAUGAAUAUGUGAAAAUGUACAAAGGCCGUGGGAGGGAAGACACCCGGCCUCAUAUCUUCGCAAUGGCAGACGAAGCAUUUCGGAAUUUAGUAGAAGAAGGCCAGAAUCAGAGUAUUCUAGUGACAGGAGAAUCCGGCGCUGGUAAAACCGAAAAUACGAAAAAAGUAAUCCAGUAUCUCGCGGCUGUCGCCACGUCAGACACACCAUAUGCGAGGUCUGGUGCGAAGCAAUUUUCGACAUUGUCUCAGCAAAUCCUUCGAGCCAACCCAAUCCUAGAAGCUUUUGGUAAUGCGCAAACUGUUAGGAACAAUAAUUCUUCUCGUUUCGGCAAGUUCAUUCGAAUUGAAUUUUCGCGACAUGGCCAGAUAUGCGGAGCUUGGAUUGAUUGGUACCUGCUGGAGAAGUCUCGAGUUGUGAAACCAAAUGGGAAUGAGCGCAACUACCAUAUCUUCUACCAGUUGCUUCAAGGAGCUGACCGUAAAACGCGUGAGAAGCUCCUCUUGGAUGAUCUUCAGAUCGAAGACUUUUCUUACACCCAGGAUGGAAACGAUUCCAUUGCUGGGGUGUCUGAUCGAGACGAAUGGAAUUCUCUGAUUGAGGCUUUCCAUGUGAUGAAUUUCUCAGAUGAGGAUCAGAUCUGCAUUCUCCGCACAGUCGCUGCAGUUUUGCAUCUUGGAAACAUAACUAUCGCCAAAGAGAGCAUACGUGCCGAUCAAGCUGCCCUGGGCCCGGGAGGUUACGCCAGCGUCGAGAAAGCGUGUCAUCUGCUGGGCAUUUCAGCCGAAGACUUUGUCAAAGGGCUUCUUCACCCCGGGUCAAGGCUGGCCGUGAGUAUCUAUGAGCGCGGAUUUGGUGAUUUAGUGAUGCGAAUCAAUAACCAACUUGGGCGCUCUAUGGCGGACGACAAUUACUUUAUCGGUGUACUGGAUAUUGCGGGUUUUGAAAUUUUUGACAACAACAGCUUUGAGCAGCUUUGCAUCAACUAUACAAACGAAAAACUUCAGCAAUUCUUCAAUCAUCACAUGUUUGUCCUUGAGCAAGAGGAAUAUGCACGGGAGCAGAUCGAAUGGCAAUUCAUUGACUUCGGCAAAGACUUGCAACCAACAAUCGAUCUAAUUGAAUUGACCAAUCCCAUCGGUAUCUUCUCGUGUCUCGAUGAGGAUUGCGUCAUGCCAAAGGCCACCGAUAAGACAUUUACCGAGAAACUCCACUCUCUUUGGGAUCGAAAAACCCCCAAGUAUCGCUCUUCUCGCUUGACGCAAGGUUUUGUUCUUACUCACUACGCUGCUGAAGUUGAAAGCAUGUUGCGAGUCUUCUCCGACUGCGCUGAGCCUGAAGAAGGAACCGACUAUCCGCGCAGCCGAGUGAAGAAAGGACUGUUCCGCACUGUUGCUCAAAGACAUAAGGAGCAGUUAUCCAGCUUAAUGACGCAACUUCAUUCUACUCAUCCUCAUUUCGUGCGUUGUAUCUUGCCGAAUCACAAGAAGCGCCCGAAGAUGCUGCAUGCUCCAUUAGUUCUGGAUCAACUGCGUUGUAAUGGUGUAUUGGAGGGUAUUCGAAUUGCCCGAACUGGAUUCCCUAACCGCUUGUCUUUUACCGAAUUCCGCCAGCGAUAUGAAGUGCUCUGUCAGAAUAUGCCGAAGGGAUAUCUGGAAGGUCAAAGUGCAGCCAAGAUCAUGCUGGAGAAGCUUGCGAUGGACCGUGCUUGGUACCGAGUUGGCCGGACAAAAGUCUUCUUCAGAGCCGGUGUUCUUGCGGACCUGGAAGGGAAACGUGAUCAGCUCAUUCGGAGUAUUAUGACUCGAUUCCAAUCUCUCGCUCGAGGAUUCGUUCAACGCCGCAUCUCAAACAAGCGCCUCUACCGCGCUGAGGCAACACGCAUCAUUCAGCAGAAUUUCCACUCUUACCUGGAACUGAAGGGCAGUCCAUGGUGGCAACUUUUUUCGCGAAUGAAGCCACUGCUUGGGGAUACUCGGAAUGCCAAGGAGGUCAAGAGGCGAGACGAGAAGAUCAAGGAGCUCGAAGCGAAAAUGAAGCAGGACCUGUCGGAUCGCCAGAAGCUGGAUGAAGAGAGACGGCGAACCGAAAUGGAGAUCCACAAGAUUCAGCAGACCUUAGAGAGCGAGCGUGCUCUUGCCCUUGACAAGGAAGAGAUCUUCCGUAGAUUGCAAGUUCGUGAAGGAGAACUCACAGAGAAGCUCGCAGGGGCCAUUGCCGACCAAGAAAGCCUCGAGGAGCAGCUUGACCAGCUCGUCGAUGCCAAGAAGAAAACUGACGAGGAGCUGGACUUGCGCAUUACACAACUUGAGCAGGCCGGCCAAAUAAUCCAGCAGCUAGAGGCCGAGAAGAAGGAUCUUCAAGGACGAAUGGAAGAUCUAGAUGCCAGGCUUGUCGAAGCACAGGGGCAGUUCUCUGGAAAAGAUGGCCAGAUUCAAGAGCUCACCCAAGAAAUGAAGAUGCUUCAAAGUCAUUUGAGCUUGAAGGAUCGCAAGCUCCAGGACCUGGAAGCCAAACUACUCAAGACAGACCAGGACCUUGACAUCAAGCUUGCGAACACGUCGAAGGAACUUGACAAGUCAAAGAAGCAAGUCCGAGAGCUUGUGGAUGAGAAUCGCUCUAUUCGCCAGCAAAUCUCAGAGCUAUCUGCGACUUCCACUGGCUAUGAAGAUCUUUUACGGCGCAAGGAAAGCGAGUUAACAGUGCUACGAAACGAUGCAAAACGACAUGAUGAGGACAAGCGUACGCUUGAAGCCGAGAAGAAAUCGCUCGUAAUUCGCCACGAUGACAUGCAAAAUCGUCUGCGCGAAAUCCAGGCCCAGAGAGAUGCCAUGCGCUCCGAAAAGGCCCAGCUUGAGCGAGAGGCUGCAGAUGUCAAGCGACUCCUUGAGGAGAAGAGAUCAGAAGAUGCUGAGGCAGGAGAAAGCCGAAAGCUUCUUGAGCAACAUGUUCAUGACUUGAAGGCGCAGCUCUUCCAAGCCGAGGCGGACCUGAGUCGUGAGCGACAGUCAAGAGAUGACGUCCAGAUGCUGGCAGAACAUAACCUGGCAGAGUUGACUGAGAAAUACAACAAGCUCAAUGAGUCCAAGAUCACCAUCGAGAAGGAAAUGUAUAUUCAACAGGACAGCCUCCGCCGCGCUACAGAGGCUCGUGUUGCAGCUGAAGAGUCACGAAAGAGCCUGCAGUCUGAACUUAUCAAGCUCCGCGACCGUUUUACCGAUGCUGAGAGUGCUCGCUUGAAUGCCGAGGCUGAGGCUGAGCGCAAAAUCCGCAGCCAAGCUGAAGAACAUGUCCAAAGCCUGCGACGAGACUUAGAUGCUAAGGCUCGCCAGCUUGAGGAUGUCGAAAACGAGCGGAUCCACCUGUCAACUCGUAUCCAAGAGCUCACAAAUGCCAUUUCAGAAUCCGACAAUUUCCGUAUCCGCCACGAUCAGCAUAAAGAGCGUCUAGAACGAGAGUUAGUGACCCUCAGAGGGCGACUGACAGCUUCUGAGAAUGACAACCGAGCUCUCUUGACAAAGAUCCAGCAGAAGAAUUUGGAUAUUGCUCGUUCAAACUCCAGAGCAAGCGAUAAUAACCGGAUGCGUCUGCAAACUUUGCAGAAAGAGAAGUCCAAGCUCGAGGAGGAUAACAAGAACCUUGGACGCCAGAUGGGUGAGUUGCAAAUGGCGAUCACUUCUCUCGAAAAACAGAAAGAGAAGCUGUCUCUGAACCUCGAGGACCUUACGCACGAAGUCAAUCGUGAACACAAGACCAGUCGUAACUCAGAGAAGGCUGCCUCUACAGCUAAUCUUCAACUUGCGGAGGCAAAUCGAAACCUUGAGAACGAGCGUCAGCUUCGUACCCAGGCCCAGUCCAACAGCCGUCAAAUCCAAGGAGCUUUAGACAGUGCGAACAAAGAGAUCGAGGGCUUGCAUCAGCAAUUGAUCCUUUUACACCGGGUCUUCGAGCCGGAAGCAACCGAGCCCACCAAGUCCUGGGAGGCAGUUAAACCCCACCUUUCCAAGCAGGUUGACCUAGCCCAAGUACUCGACACCGUUCAGCACAAGCUUCAGGUGACGGAAGAGAAAUAUUCUAGGGCUGAAAGCCAGCUGGCAGAGAUGCGCCGUCGCCACGCCGACGAAAUGAAGGAGCUUGAUGCUAGAUACUCCUCUUCGAAGCGUGCUUUGUUGGAAGAGAUUGACUCGAAUGAGGUGGCCAACCCCCGGGCUCCAUCCCACUUGAGAAAGAACUCAGAGACCGCUUAUAAACGCUUUUCGAACCCUACAACGCCUAAUCGCCGCCAGAAUGUCUAUGAGGGGGCAAACGACUCGGCUAGAUCCGACCGCACUAUUGACACCGUUGGUUACCAGCGACGCAUGGAUACCGCGGCCGAACUUGAGGAGCUCCAGAAUAAGCUACAGAUGACCGAGAUGCAGAACAAACAUCUGCAGAGUCAGCUAGAGCGUUCUACCCCAUCUCGUGACAUCUGGGAAGAUGACAGUCCAUCUAUGCGCCGGAUGAACCUAUUGGAGCGGGAGAAUGGUCGCCUUCAUGAUCAGCUGGAUGACUCGGCUAAGAAGGUAUCUUCGCUGGAGCGCAGCAUCCGCUCAGGAGAGCUUUCCCUUCGGGAUGUCCAAGCCAAAUCGCACGAAGAGCUGUAUGACCUGAUCAACUCUCAGGAACAGUCUCGUCGCUCUCUGUUAAAGGUUCACAACGCUACUUUAGCUGAAUUUGCCGACGCUAAGUCACACUUUGAGAAACUUAAACGCGCUCGCGCGGAGUUGGAAGUCGAGCUACGGGAUGCUCGAUCCGAAACCCAGGAGCUGCAGUUGAGUAGAGAUCAGGAUGUCCAGAGCCGCAACCAACUGCUUCAAGAAUUCUCCGACCUUCAGAUCCGCCUUGACGCAGAGACUUCGAGAACCGCGGACCUUGAAUCCAGCCUCAGUCUGUACAAGGCUCGCGCGGAUGAGUAUUUCAGCAAGUUGGAGCAGGCUGAGGUGGCUGUUCUCAAGGCCAACCGUGCUGAACAGUUUGCCAAAUCUCAGGGCCGGGAGGCAGAGGAGACUUGUGCUCAGAUCAUGUCGGAGCGCAACCAAAUGGACGCUUUGGUGGAGGAUCUUCAGCAACAAACCCAGACCCUGGAGGCCCGCAUGGAGGAUCAAGCUGCAGAGCUUCAAGCUGCUUUGCAAGCCAAGCAGCGUCUCCAGAACGAGCUCGAAGACUACCGCAACCAGCGAGCCAUUGAUCUGGAGGACAAAGAGACUUCCAUGGAACAGACGAGGCAGAAGUACCAGCGAGAAUUCUCAACGCUCAAUGGUGAGCUUGAAAUCGAGCGCGAGCGCCUGCUCCAGGUUCGUGACGAGAACUCCCGUCUCCGUGAAGAAUUGGAAAACCUCCGAAGCAAAUGGGACAACGAAGUCCUCAAUAGUUCUACCUGGGCUAAGGAGAAGGCCCGUAUGGACAUGGUCCUUCAGGACACCGCCACCUCUCGGGACGAAGCCAGCAAGGCCCACAGUGAAGCCCAGGACAAGGUGGUCUCACUUCUUUCUCAAGUCCGAGCACUCCGCACCUCAAUCGACGAUGUCACUGCCGAGCGUGAUAUCCUUCUCAAGGACAAGAAGAUGCUUGAGAGCCGUCUUUCUGAAGCUGGAGAACGCUUGGAGGAUCUUGCCAAGGGCGGAAGCCCCUCCAUGCGUAACGCUGCCAGCAUGGAUCGUGAACUUCUUGAGCUCAAGUCUAAGCUUGCUCAGCAAGAAGACGUCUCCCAUGCUGCCGUAGGCAAGAUGCGUCGUGCAGAUGCCUUGGCUACGGAGAUACAGAAGGAGCUGACUACGGAGCGAGAGACCAACUCCCAACUGUUCAAGGAUAAGGCUGCUCUUGAGAAGCAGCUCAAGGAGGUUCAGCUCCGUCUGGUUGAUCUUGAAACCAAGAGCUACUCGUCUGGUAGUCAAGACGUGCGAUUCUUGCACAAGCGCAUCAAAGAGUUGGAGACUCAUCUCGAAGAUCAAGAGAAUAAGCACAGUGCCGAACAACGCUCGGUUCGCAAUAUUGACCGCACUGUCAAGGAUCUCCAGUCCCAGAUCGACCGCCGCGACAAGAUGAACGCCCAACUCACAGAAGAAGUCAGCAAGGGCCGGGACAAGGUCGAGCGGUUACUUCGGAACAUCGAGGAGCUUCAGAAGGCAGACACAGACGCGCAGAUGAAAGCCCGCCGUGCCGAGCGCGAGUUGCGAGAGGAACGUGAAAAGGCACUGCAUCUCGAGAGAGAAUUAGAAGGGUUGAAAUCCCUACGAGUCGAACGAAACAGUACCCUCGGUCGACCGUCUGUCGCCUUCAGUGACAUUGGUAGCCGCCGUGGAAGUGCUCUGUACGGAUCUAAUGACACCCCUCAGCGGAAGCCUAGCAACACAAAGGGUUUCCUCUGA